CUCACGGAUGCCGGGAUCGAGGCCAUGUGGCCCAGGGCCUUUGGGAACGCCAGGACAGCGGCAGGGACCUGCUCAUGGGGUUUCUCUUGCAGGUCGGGCAUGAGCCACUACCUCCAACCGUUGGAAGAAACGUGCUGGGAAGAAAAGUCCUGUACCUGCCCGGCUUCUUCACCUACGCCAGACACAUUGUGGAAGUGGAUGGGAAAAGAGGCCUCUUCCGCGGUCUUACUCCUCGCCUCAUCUCAAGCACUUUAUCAACCAUCACCAGGGGGAGCGUGAAGAAGGCCUUUCCACUGGAAGACAUGGAGCAUGUUUCUAACAAGGAUGACGUGAAGACCUCCCUUAGGAAAGUGGUGAAAGAGACAUCUCAUGAGAUGAUGAUGCAGUGUGUGUCCCGGGUUGUCUCACAUCCGCUGCAUGUGAUCUCGAUGCGCUGCAUGGUCCAGUUCGUAGGCCGGGAAGUGAAAUACAGCGGUGUGUUCACUGCCAUCGGCAGGAUAUUUAAGGAAGAAGGGAUCCUGGGAUUCUUUGUUGGUUUAGUCCCUCACAUCCUGGGGGAUGUCAUCUUCCUCUGGUGCUGCAACCUCUUGGCUCACUUCAUCAACACCUACGCGGUGGACGAUAACUUCAGCCAGGCAUCAGUGAUCCGGAGCUACACAAAAUUUGUGAUGGGGAUCGCUGUGAGCAUGCUGACAUACCCGUUCCUUCUCGUGGGAGAUCUCAUGGCAGUGAACAACUGUGGGCUGCGCGCUGGCCUCCCUCCCUACGCUCCCGCGUUUGCAUCCUGGAUCCACUGCUGGAGGUAUCUCAGUGCUCAGGGGCAGCUGUUCCGCGGCUCCAGCCUGCUCUUCCGCAGAGCGCCCAUGCCAGCCACCUGCUUCCCCAUCGACUGA